AGCGCGAGCGCACUGGUUUGGAUUCACUCCACUUUCUCAUCACUCACGGUGCAGCCGCGCGACCUGCUCCGUGCCGGACCGCGCGAGGACCGAAACUGGACCAAAGGGGACCGGACCAAUCCUGCGUUACUAGCAGCUUUAACUCUUUUACCACUUUUUUUUUUUUUUAGAAAGUGUGUGGGAAGAGAAACGGGUAAGAUUUUUAUUUUUUUUUCCCCCCCCGUCCCGGUGCUCCGUCCACAUCCAGCACCUCCACCCUAACUCCCUCUUCAUCCCGCAGACAGCGUGCCACCAGCGGAGGAUGCAGCCGCUUCCCUCCGGCCGCCGGUGACGCUUUCAGGGGUCGGUCAGUGAGUCCGGCCGUGCCUCCGGAGAGCGCUGGUCACGACUGACAGAAACUGAGAGAAACUGGAGGAAUAACUACAGCCGUGACUGGAUUGUUUGAUUCGUCUCUGAAUCUUUUUUUUUUGUUCGUUUGUUUAUUUUUUCUUUUUUAAAUAUUUUUUCUUUUUCUUUUCUUUUUUUUUUUUACUACAACCUUGUGGAUUCUUUAUAAUAAAACAUUUUUUGUCCUGGAGCGUCUGCGUCUGGAUACCGCGGAGGAGCGAGAGACUGUAGCCGGCGUUGGAGCGCCCAGACCUGGGUCUUUAACUCGAUCCAGAUUGAUGUUGUCCGGCAGAGACAUGGUGAUCCUGAGGUGGCAGCUACUGUCCCUCCUGGCCAUCAUCCUGAUGGUCUCCUGCAAUGCUGUGCCUACAGAUAUUCUAUAUCGGGUUAAUGAGGAACAGCCACCCAACACGUUGAUUGGCAGCCUGGCGGCAGACCAAGGCCUUCCGGACACUGGACAUCUGUACAAGCUGGAGGUUGGCACCACUUACCUGAGGGUGGACGGCAAAACUGGGGACAUCUACACCACAGAGAUUCCUAUUGACCGUGAGACACUGAGUGACUGCCAAAACCAGUUUGACGACAAAUGCUACCUGGAAUUUGAGGUGUCCAUCACAGACAUGGUGAAAGGGAUUGGCUCAGGGCCGCGGCUGAUCGAAGGUCGCAUUGAAGUGCUGGAUGUGAAUGACAACACGCCACAGUUCUCUUCACCCAUCCUCUCCCUAGCGAUUCCAGAAAAUACACACAUCGGUGCACUCUUCUCCAUCCCAAUGGCCACAGACAAGGACUCUGGUUCCAACGGUGUGGCUGAGUACUCUCUGAGUUCCGGACCUGAUGCCGAUCAACUCUUCAGCCUGCAGGUCGCUUUGGACACGGACGAGAAGCAGCCACAGCUGGUUGUCAUGGGUAACCUGGAUCGUGAGAAGAAAGACUCGUACGAUCUGAAUAUUCGGGUUGUAGAUGGAGGGGAUCCACCAAGGGCGAGCAGCGCUUUACUGCGAGUCACCGUGACCGAUCAGAAUGAUAACGCUCCGAAGUUUGAGAGAAAUCACUACGAGGCCGAACUGCCAGAGAACAGCCCACUGGGACACUCCGUUUUGCAGGUUCGAGCCAAUGAUGCAGACACUGGUGCCAAUGGAGAGAUAGAUUACAUCCUACAUCAACCACCCGAGAAUGUCCAGAGGCUUCUGCGCAUUGACCGCUCCACUGGCAUCGUUUACGUCAAAGGCCUGGUAGACAGAGAAGAAACAAAUUUUCUCAAGUUUUUUGUGGUUGCCAGAGACCGCGGGCCUAAUUCCAAGAGUUCCAAAGUCCUAGUCACCAUCAUUGUCAAGGACCAAAAUGACAACGCACCAGCGAUAGAGAUUCGUGGUAUUGGGCUGGUCACUCACCAGGACAGUGUGGCUAACAUCUCUGAAGACAUGCCGAUCGGUACCCCAGUAGCACUAGUCCAAGUAUCUGACCGUGACGAGGGAGAAAACGCUGUGGUGACAUGUGUGGUUGCAGGUGACGUCCCUUUCCAACUCCGACCUGCUAGCGAGUCAGCCAAUGAUCGAAAGAGAAAAUACUUCCUGCAGACAACUACUCUGCUGGACUAUGAACGAAUUAAAGAUUACCGAAUUGAAAUAGUUGCUGUGGAUUCUGGUAACCCAGCUCUGUCAAGCACCAAUUCUCUUAAGGUCCAGGUCACAGAUGUGAAUGACAACACGCCAACGUUUUCUCCAGCUUUCCUUGAAGUGUUCUUUCCUGAGGGCAACCAACCAGGUGACAGAGUGCUAGAUAUUUUCGCCACAGAUGCAGAUAGUGGUAUAAAUGCAGAAAUGAUUUAUAGCAUCAUUGAGUCCUCAGCCAACAGGCUUUUUGAGGUCGAUGCCAACACGGGAGAGGUCCGUGUGAAAAACACACUGGAUCGAGAGGAAGUUGAGCGCUAUGAGUUCCAUAUCGCUGCAGCCGACAAGGGCCUUCCAAGUAAAACCGGAACUGCUACACUGGUUAUAAAUAUUCUAGACCGCAAUGAUAAUGAACCCAAAUUCAUGUUGAACGGAUACAGUUUUUCUGUAAUUGAAAACAUGCUCCCACUAAAUCCUGUUGGUGUUGUGACUGUGACUGAUGCUGAUGAGGGGGAGAACUCAAGAGUGACACUGUUUGUAGAACCAGAUAAUGGCAAGUUUGUGAUUCAAAAUGGCACAGGAACGAUCCUGUCAAGCAUUUCUUUUGACCGUGAAAAGGAAAGCACCUACACCUUCCGGCUGAAGGCUGUGGAUGGUGGUGAACCACCUCGAUCUUCUUACGUUGGUGUGACCAUCAACGUCCUGGAUGAGAAUGAUAAUGCCCCCUAUGUAACCAAACCAUCCAACUCUUCCUACACUUACCUGACACCUGUCACACCUCCAGAAACAAGAGUGGAAGUGGUUGAGGCUGAGGACAUUGAUGCGGGGCUCAAUGCAGAGCUGUUUUAUUCAAUCACCGGAGGAAACCCUUAUGGCCUUUUUCAAAUCUCGCCCACAAGUGGGGAAAUCACACUGGCACAAGCAUUCUCUGGCAAGCACAAUGGGCUUCACCGGCUUGUCGUGAGGGUCAGUGAUCGAGGCAAACCUGCUCGCCACACCACAGCCUUAGUUCACGUGUUUGUAAAUGAAACCAAAUCUAAUGUGUCCCUCAUUGAGGCACUUGUGGGUCACAGUCUUUACACACCUCUGGACAGAGACAUAGCAGGAGACCCUAACUAUGCCUACAGUCAGCAAACCAACAUUUUAUAUGCUGUCCUUGCAGGUGUUGCUGUCGUUAUUUUGGUCAUUGUAGCUGUGGUGGUCAUCAGACACCAUCUGCAGAAAGAUACUAAAAGCGGUUACCAAGCUGGCAAAAAGGAGAGCAAAGAUCUUUAUGCUCCCAAGCAGGGACCCAAAAAUGGCAAAGGAAAAAAGAGCAAAAAGCCCAGAGCACCAAAACCCACCAAACCACUGGAAGAGGAUGAGGAGGCGAGUUUGCAGAAAGGUCUGAAGUUCAACCUUAUUAAUGACGUUAAUGACAGUCCCAGAAUCCAUCUGCCCCUUAACUAUCCACCAGGAAGCCCCGACCUGGGCCGUCACUAUAGGUCCAACUCUCCUUUGCCAUCUAUCCAGCUGCAACCACAGUCACCCUCUGCCUCCAAGAAACACCAGGCUGUUCAGGACCUCCCUGCAACCAACACCUUCGUAGGGACGGGCGACAACAACUCCACGGGCUCGGAUCAAUAUUCGGAUUACAGCUACAAGGCCAACCCACCCAAAUACAACAACAAACAGCUGCCCCACCGCCGAGUAACCUUCUCCACCUCCAAUCAGGCCCAGGAUCUGCAGGAUGCGUCCCAGCACAGCUACUACGACAGUGGCCUGGAGGAGUCGGAGACCCCCAGCUCCAAGUCGUCAUCGGGCCCCCGGAUCGGACCACUAGCUUUGCCAGAAGACCACUACGAGAGGACCACACCUGACGGCAGCAUCGGCGAGAUGGAACACCCGGAGAACGACCUCAGGCCCCUUCCAGACGUGGCAAUGACCGGUAACUGCACACGUGAGUGCACAGAGUUUGGCCACUCUGACUCCUGCUGGAUGCCCGGCCAGCCUUCCCCCAACCGUAAGGUCUCCAAGAACGCCCCCAAGCUCUCCACCUUCGUGCCUUACCAGGAAAUGGACGGACAGGAGCACCUGAUGGCCAACGGCAGCCCGAAGCCCAUGGUGACGGAGGAACGUGGGACGGGUAGUGGCGCUGGUGGCAGCAGCUCCAAAGUGGCCAGCAUGAGGUUCAUGACCCCAUACAGCAGUGCCUACCCUGGGAGCGGAGACUCAUCUGGCAAAGACUGUGGCCUCGAGGAGAUCCCACUGAGCCAGGCAGCGGAGUACCACUCUGCUACCACACCCACUGGCCAGACCUCCAAGAGAGAGAUCUACCUGUGAGGGUCAAGCUCUCAACUUUAAAUCCCCCAAUGAUCCACGAUGCCGCUCACCGCCUCACCUCCCACCUCCUCACAGCCACCCCCUGUGCCUACAACUCGCUGUGCCACAGCACGACUCACCCUUCUUCCUUUUUACAACUGCAUCACCGAACAAGGCUUUAGAACACCCCCGCCCCGUCUUACUGCCGCUACCGCUGACCUGACACUCCCCUCUAGAAACCAAUCAAAUGUAAGAAUAGACAAACGAAAAUGGAAGAAAAUUCAGUUUUAGCUGCUGUGGAUGGAAUGUAAACGAUGCCACAUAGUUGUGAUGAUUUCAUGGGAAACUAUUUAGCUCUUCAUGUAUUUGAGUAAAAUUUUUGUGUGUGGCAUUACGCUUUGUCGCUGUGUCGGAACAGAAAAAGAACAAGAACUUCAUGGGGGGCUAGGGAAGAACUUCUUGUAAAUCCUACUUAAGUAUACUGUGUAAUCUUAUCUAUCCUCAACUUUUUUAUUUUAUUUACUUUGUCUUUGUUGACUUCGGAGGCCGUAGGAAUCGCAUUUUUUAGUCAAGUUGAACUCAACCAACGGAAACGGUUCAUUGAAAAGACGUUUGCAGAAGCGCCGCUGUUUCACAAUCACCGGAGUUGUAUCUUAGUUUUUCGGCAGAACAGAUCCUUUUUUCAGUGUACAGAGCUGUAAAUAUUACAAACAGUGACAGAGGAAACUGCUGUGGCUCUCAGUGUGGAUCUGUGGCUGUUGUGCUGUCUGCAGAUCUUCACGUAUCGUCCCUUUGAUGGACUGAAAAUCUGGGCGCACACAGGGUAACAACAUCGCAGCAUUCAGUGUCACACUGCAGGAAUCUGGACUCUUGAGCAUCACCGACGGUGCCAAGUUACAACCACAAGACUUUUUGUUGUUUGAGUGUUUCAGUUUUUUUUUGUUUUAUUUUGUUUUUUUUGUUUUUUUUUUUAUCUCUGCAGCUUCUCAACACUGCUUCUGUGGGGAAGUACAUCAUUUUGUUUUAUCAAAAGGAAGCUGACUCAGAGGAUUAAAACCUCAUGUUGUUCUCGGUAGUUGACCAUUUUAUGAUAAUUGUUAAAAUGGACUUGUUUAACAGUUAAAUAUAAACACACAAUCUUCAACAUGUGUUACAUUCCCAUUUCAAGUUUACUGAUGAGAACUGAAAAAAGGUUUUGUGGUAGAAAGUUCUGUUGCCAUCAGAACACAGUGUUCAUGUUUCAGAAGAAAGAACGACAAUACAGAAACUGUAAAAAAUAAUUACAGCCUUCUGUGGUUCUAUGGGUUUUACGCUUGAGGAUGUAUUACAAAUGAUCUGGUGUUUUUAGGUUCUAAAAUUAUUUAAAUCUAAACCUCAAAUUAAGGAAUGGCCACAACAAACUCCACAUUAUUUGUAAUUUUCAAAAAUAAAACAAAAUAAUGUCAAAUAGAAACAUCAUACAGCUAAAUACACCAUCAGUGUGGGGUUUAAUCUCGAAAGCAGAAACAAGCUGCUGCUUGUGAGACGCUCCUAAAAAACUAUAAGCUGUAGUUUUGGGUAGUUUGUUGUCACGAUAUGUGUAUGUUUUUACGCCAUGCCACGUCAGAAAGACAACCUUACUGAUCUCAGAGAAGCGAUUGUUGCUCAACAUCAGUCUGGGAAGGGUAAUACGAUCAUUUCAUAGCAAUUUGAAAUCCAUCCUUCUACCUAGGUAGAGGAGUAUUAUUCUGUAAUCGAAAGAAUUUACUUCCAGGAUACUGAUGGAGUAUUGACAAAAGGUGUACAUUGGUUUUACCUAUGCUGUGUUAUUCUCAGUAGAUUAGUUGGCUUUUUAUGCAGAAAAUUCUUUCCACUUCUCAUGCGUUUUGAUUUUCUCAAGGUAUAAAAUUCCAAAAUGGUAGCCAUUUGUGGUUAAACCCAACUUUGUUACAAUUGAGCUGCAAGAAAUAUGCAGGGUCUUGGCAUUUUCUUCAUUUCUUAUAACUACAAUUAAAAGUUGAAAUGUCCCAUUAUAAAAGAUUGAAUAAAAACAAAACAAUCAUAAAGGUCCAUCCUCUAGGGAGCAGAUGUGAAGUCGAAAAAAUCAUCACUGCAUAUACUUUCAGCACCGCAUUGGUGUAAGAAAAAUUACCAAGAUUUUCAGUCAAACUUCAAUGAUGAUCGCGUUAUACUCCAGUUUUGGUACAAACACAAGCAAACAAAAAACACACACAGAAAGAAAAAGCUGAAUGUUUCUCAGAAAGUCCAGCUGGUCUCAGAUGGUUGCACAAACAUCGGUUGUGACGUUGCUCCUGCAGCAAGAAUAUGUUAAGCACAGUGUUCAUGAAGACUUUUUUGUUUGUUUCUGAAGCAGCUGUUUCCUGUUGAUAAUGUCCACUGUAGCUGUUCUCACUCCUGAGUGUUUGACUUUAGAGAACGUCUCCCUGCUGUGUUCGUUAACUCGAAAGAGGAGCCCUGGGGUCAUUGUCGCCGCUCGUUAGUUUCCAAUUCUUUCCCACCUCUGCGUGAGGCCGAGUUGCUCCAUGUUAAGCAGGAGUAUUUAUUAAGCCAGUUUGCUGUGUGAGGUGGGAGGGAGGGCAGCCGGGGAAUGUGGCAAACAGUUGUUGUUGCGCUCCGGCCACACAGAAAUGCAUGAUUAAUGACGUCUGAAUGGGCUUUCGUCCACUAACACUCCCACUCCCCCACACAUGGAGCUCAGCAGAGAACGUCUAAUUACAACCUGAGGCUCUGCAUAUCACCAGUGAUAAUUUGCGUGAGGAAAAGGGAGUUGAUGUGGAGGUCCAGUCCUGUCAGGUCUUGUUCUCGUGGCUGCUGAAAAUGUCGUGAGAUUUCACCUGAACGGAUGGAAACUUGCAGAAGAGGAUGAGAAGAGGAUAUUGAUUAGCCUGCUCUCUGAGAUAGUUUAGCUUUUAAAAUUAAAUAUACUGAGUCAAGUGCUGACAUUUUCAAAGUACACACUUUCUUUUGCAGACACAGACAAAAUAAAGUAAAUAAAAAUAUUUGGAUCUUAGAAAAAUCCUGGAGUUUAAUAAACUAAAAAUGCACAGCUAUGCAUUUUGUACCAUUUAAGUUAAACAUGCCUGUUUAUCAUAUCCACAAGGUGAGAUCGAUGUCUUUCUCGAGUGAACAGGAGUGUAACUGACUCAUUAGCUUGGUUUCUUUGCACUCAGCACUUCCAGCCUUCACAGUCAGAGCACCACACCAAAGCAACAUAAACAAGCUGAAAGUCUUUGCAAGUAAACUGAUUACAAAUUAGGGUCAUCAGCUGGGUCAGGCAGGGUUAAUAUCUCGUUUCAUGAGGCAAACAGCUUGAUGGAGCAUCGCAGAUUGUUUCUCUCUAGCUCCAUGUUUUUAUCUUCAAUGUACAAUCAUCCUUUACAUAUCAGCCAGCUAAUUGCUUUGUGUUGUGUUUUAUAUUUGGUUCAACUUGAGGUAAAGCUUGACGUGUGGGCUCUUCUGCAGUUCUUCUCAUGAUCCAGCCUCUGAAUAAAGUUUGAUUUAUUCUCGACAUAUCUGCCCGUUCAGUAAAUAUGCUCAUACAACGACACACAUACAUCAGCCGUCAUUCAGCUGCCGCUCAGCCCUGCCCGCUGAAGAGAUUUAGAGCUCAUGAGCGCUGCAUGCUCCUGCAGUGAUUUAACGCCCGAGCUCAACGGUCUGAUUGAUUAUUUACAGGCGUUUCGUGGCGGUCCACCUUCACUCUCUGUCUUUCCGGCUCCUCUGCUGUUCUCCACCGGCUGCUUGGGUGCGUGGUCAGUGUCCCGGUUGGCCUGUGUUGUGCUGAGUGCGGUGUGUGGUGUAAGGAUGCAGAAAAGGGUCUAGAGGUCUUGUAGCAUCAGCUUAGUCUCAACCUUUUGGCACCAAUUAACCCCGGAAGAAAACAACCACCCUCUGGUAACCUCUGGCAAUCUUUGGCGAACUCUGCGACUUUGGUUUUACCUCAAAAGCAAACAGUGCUUUGGUGUUUGUGCGCAUACUCACUAAGAGAUUAGUUUGCUUAUUAUAGACACUUUUUAGUACAGAUAAACUUAAUUAAGCCCAGAUAAAAGAUUUGGGCUGGGACUCAUUAAGUUCUUCCAAACUGGUAGACUGAAGUCAGUUUCCUCCUCUAUGUACUAGAUAUGCAUUAUUAACAACUCAAUCAGUCUGAUUAGCAUCAUCAAAAGGAUUGAUCCAAUCAGUCUUCCUCCUAAUUUUUCAGUUCAUAAGAGAUUGGACAUAAGUGAGCUAAAACACAAGAAAACACCAUAUCAUGAUGGAAAACCAGGCCUGUAAUGAAGGAAGGCAUUGCUCUUUUCACUCACAGUGAAACGUCAGUGAGAUAAACCCUGAUGUCAAGAAAUGUUUGUUACAGCUCAUGGAUAAUUCGAUCAAUAUUUGUUAAAAAAAAAAAAAUUACAAACACAGCAAAGGCAACAAAGAAGUGCUUCCCAUAAAAACAGAAAACAAACGUCACAGAAAAGAAAUGUCAAAUAAAACUAAACGUGGAAAAAAUGACCCCAAGUGGUCUGAACUGGGUAGGCCACAUGGUGGUCACAAAUUUGAGGAACAAGGUCAAAGGCAGUCAAAAACACUAUUACAAUGCAGUGCAGUAAUAAAAAAAUAAUGACAAGUUGGAAUUCAGAUUAAAAUGAACGAUGUUCCAGCCUUUCAAAGGUAGCUCUAAACAGACGAAACAAAAAGUAAAAAUUACCUUCAUCUACAUUUCAUUCAAACGGAUAUGGCUGUGCAGUCAGACUGUCAGAUUUAAUAAAACCAAGCAAAGAGGAACAACUACCGUGCUCAGAAUAUAGUUAUUUGUUUCUUUGCGUGACUUUGACUCAAAUUUCCUCUUCUGUUUUUUUUUAUCCUGUAUGACUGCAGCAGGAGCCCUUAGCUGUGUUUUGAGAACGCUACAUAGACGUUUCGAUAAUUUGGCAAAAAUAAAACUCAGAAUAAAUUCAACUAGACAGAAUUUCAAAAUCAAAAGAGUAAAAGAAAAAAAAAACAAAAGAAAAAAUGUUUUUGGGUGAUAUUUCACCCAAAAACACAUAUCAAGUACGGAGAAUAAUAAAAAAUACUGCAUAUGCUGGGUAUAAAGUAACAGUCAAAUAUUUAGACAAGGUAAUGAAAAAAGUCAAACGGUGUCCAAACGCUUGACUGCUACCUCGUUUCUGUGACCAUUUGAAGGAUCCAGAGUGUCAGCAAACACUUCCUGCUCCCUGGAGGAAAACCUAAACCCCCCGACACAGCCUCCAGCCUCCCGACCUACCCGUCAGCCCCCAGGAGACCUUCUGUCACACACUUUGACAGUCUCUGUGUGGGUGUGUAUGUGUGCGCAGGAAGAAGGAUGGGAGCUGGUCGCUUUGCAUGAACAUUUGCUUUCAAAUCCACUUCGCAGUGACAGAAAUUGAUAUUUCUGACAUUUCCUCUGUGUUGAAAUUCAGAUAUCCUGUUUGCCGAAAUAUUCAGGUGGCCUUCGGAUAUGCACCGACUCAUAUCUAAUCAGAGAAAAUAAUCUCUUCGAGGCUCUUCAUUCAAGGUGGAAAAACAAUUUGUAAAAGUAACAAGUACCUUCAGUCAGACUUGACAAUGAAAUGGACCAUUAUACACACUAAUAUCUAUCAGUUAAUUUAUAUUAAAAACAAAAUCAGUGUGUUCUUCUGAAACCAAGCUGCAGCUCUUAUUGAAAAAUAGCAUUACCAUCCUUCUAUUUUACUCUUAAUUCAGUAUUAACUGAAAUUUAUUGCUGAUUCUUUCAACAUUUAUGACAUAAAUGAAAUGUGAAAAUCAUUUCUUAUUUCAUUUUUUAAAGCUUUAGACAUCUAAAAUUGAACAAAAACUACUGGCUAACAUACAAUUUUGGGUGUUUUACACAGUUUUGUAAAAAUUAAAUAUUUCUUACGACACUGGGCAUCAGAUAUCAGCUGGAUCCCCCCCCCCCCCUUGUAUUUUUAAGUUCAGGAGAUAUAAUUCUGAUUAUUCUGCUGUUGUGUUUGUAUAUUUACCAAACUAAUUCUCCUUACAUCAUAUUUUGGGUCAUGUGAAGAUCAUUGUUCUCAUCUUCCGAGUCAGUUAUUACACUUUUCAUCUCUGCCCUGUCAGAAAGUGUUGUUAUGGAUCUGUUGGUGACGUUUCUGACGCAGGAAAUUCAACGUUUUCUCUCUGAGCUGUCUGAGAUUCAGUUGGGAACCAGUUGAUUCCCCUCGUUUCAUUCACAAUGUGUAUAAAUGGGAUGUUUUCUCUGCUGAACACGUUAGACACAGAAAAAAAAAACACUUCAUGAUUAACUCAUAGAAAUUGCAUAGAAUUUUUUUUUUUUAUAAGGAGAAAAAGUCCUGGAUAAUGGCUUAAUAUUUGCAUUGCUUUUACUACACUUCUAUUUAGUCAGCAGAAGCUUUACUUGAGAAUCAACAAACGUCUUAGCAGCUUGAUGAAGGGUGACGAGCAACACAAGGUUUACAAACUGACAGAGGAGCAACCCAAUUGAACAUUUAAAUCUGCCGAUACCCCUGAGCAGUUAAACAAUAAUUAUACAAGAUAUUUAAUCUAUUAAAAAAUAUAAAUACAAAGGAUGAAAAGUCUGAAAAGGCCUUUCCAUCCAUUAAUCCAUCACCUUCCUCUUAAUCUGAGGUUGGGUCACAGAGGCAGAGGUUUAAGAAAAAAGGCCCAGGCUUCCAUUUCUCCAGCCACUUGGGAACAGGGGGGCGGGAAUCCCUAGGCAUUCGCAAACCAACUGAGUCCCCCCAAUGUCUGGGUAUUCCUCUGGGUGUCUGCAGGACGUGCCUUGAAAUCCUGACCAAGGAGUCGACCAGACGCCCCGACCAGACGCCUGAGCCACCUCUACUGGCUCCUCUCAAUGAGGAGGAACAGCGACUGUAGUUUUAAACUCUCUAAUUGAUUGAGGUUCCCACCUUCCUCUAAGGGACAGCCCAGACACCCUCGGAAUGAAAAUUGUUUCAGGCGCUUUUAUCUGCUGGACAGAAUAAUUUUAUGUUACUUAAAACAGGUUAUUGUUUGUGAAAGAGUAGAUUCAUUAAACUCUCAUCCUGUGAUCUUCUUGUGAAUCUGAAACAUGCAUCAUUACAACACAUUUAAAUUUCCAGCAACUCUGGCUCCUCAAAGGACAUUUUGUACUAGACACUCAAAAUCCUUUUUUUACUUUGAACGCACUUUUGUGUAACAAAGAAGAAUUAAAAACAUUCUCUUCAAAAUGAAUACUUGUUUUGAAUACCUACAUUAUAUUUUGAUAGAUGCCUUUCUUAUUUCAUACCAGAAACAUGUUGAAAACCAUGAAUGAAAACCAAACCUAAAUCUAAUAGGAGUAUGCAUCAUUUUUGGCUCAAUUGUAUUUCUUACUGACCUUUCCUUGCAAUAGAUUGAAAUGGAUUUGAGAAAAUUACUUUAAAGUAUUGAUUGUUAAAGUGUGUACAGAAAAUGAAAAACAUGGGUAUGAAAAAAACGCAAACUACAGAAAUUCAGGAAGGCAAAUAAAUAAAAUAAAAACUAAUGACAAUGUUAACAAAAAUAUUCUCAAAAUGUCUUGUAAUUUCUUUUCAAAAAUAAGAUGAACAACAAAAAGAUUAAUUCAAGUUAGUGCAACACAUGUUGUGUUAUUGUCUUGCCACAUAUUGCCUCUGGUACUGUUUAGUUCACCAUGAUUUGCCUCCAUUUCUAGGGAAGACUUUAUUUAAAAAGACUUCAUUAAAAAGGUGAAAUAUACCUUUUAUCUUAAGCAACAUAUAAUGUGUAGUCAAAUUAACAAUGAUUGAGAUGUAAUGGCUUUUUCCUUUGAUUUAAAAAAAUGGACUGAUCUUCUUGUUUUUGUUUGCUCUCCAGGAUUACUUUACUUACUACUUCUUUUAGUUAAAAUGUUUAGCAUUAAAUAUGAUUAUUUCUCCCUGAAAACCUUCUGCUUGCUCUGCAUAAUCCAUUUCACCCAAUUUUAACCUUUUAGAAAACAAAACAAAAAACACUUUUAUUGGAUGCUAAGUAAAUUUUGUCCUUCUGAAGUCUUAAGGUAAAAAAAAACAUUUUCAUUAAUAGUGUUCAUAUCUACAGCUUGAUGAGGUUGAAUUUUGUCAGUGCAAACGUCCAGUGAUAACUCAAAUUGCAGUUCUACACAGAUCGCUCUACAUGAAUCUUGGAAUAAAGUUUGGUUAGCAGUUUUUUGGGAUUGUGUAUUAUACCAAAGCUGGAGUCUCUGGUAGUGAGGCCUCAGCUGGAGCAUGAAGACAUGCCAACUUUAUAAAUAUGAUACAUUUCUGUUAUUGUCACAGUUGUUUAUCAAUGAUAUGGAAUCUACACUGUUAUAGACAUACAAUAUGGAAAUAAGUGAUUCUUUUUAUUAUUAUUUUUUUGUUAAACCUGAUGUGUGAAUGAUAAAUUGUUAUACCCCCCAAACCGGGCAAGUUCGCUACAAGUUUUUUUUUUUUUUUUUUGGAAGACAUG